AUUGUCAAAACUUUUUAUGAUAGUCAAAAACUUUACCAUUAUGAACUCCGCCACGCCCUUGUCUUCUUCCACCCAAAUUAAAAACCUAGUGUCAAUACCUCCGCCGCGGCGCCACCGUUAUUCUCUUAACUUCCACCACUCCUCCGCCGCUUCAUGGGAUCAAGUCAUGAGAGUAUAAGCUGCCCAAUGAAGUCAUAUAGAUUAUCAGAACUUACUAAGGAUGAGCUCAGUGGCCUCAAGGCUCGUCCUCGUAUUGAUUUUUCCUCUAUUUUCACUACAGUUCAGCCCAUUGUUGAUGAUGUCCGCCAUAGAGGCGAUGCUGCUGUUAAAGAUUACACUUCACGGUUUGACAAAGUUGAACUAGACAAAAUAGUUGAAAAUGUUGAUGACCUUCCAGAUCCAGAGCUUGAUGCAGCGGUUAGAGAAGCAUUUGAUGUGGCAUACAACAAUAUAUAUGCAUUUCAUGCUGCUCAAAAGUCAACUGAGAAAAGUGUUGAGAACAUGAAAGGUGUCAGAUGCAAGCGGGUAGCAAGGAGCAUUGCUUCUGUUGGCCUUUAUGUUCCCGGAGGAACUGCUGUGUUACCUUCUACAGCUCUAAUGCUUUCAGUUCCCGCACAGAUUGCUGGGUGUAAAACUGUUGUUCUUGCAACUCCCCCUACUCAGGAUGGUGGUAUAUGCAAGGAGGUACUUUAUUGUGCCAAGAAAGCUGGUGUCACUCACAUUCUUAAAGCUGGAGGAGCACAGGCUAUUUCUGCCAUGGCUUGGGGGACUGCAUCUUGCCCUAAGGUUGAGAAGAUUUUUGGUCCUGGCAAUCAGUAUGUCACAGCUGCAAAAAUGAUUCUCCAGAACAGCGAAGCUAUGGUUUCAAUUGACAUGCCUGCAGGACCGUCAGAAGUUCUCGUCAUUGCUGAUAAGCAUGCCAAUCCUGUUUAUGUUGCUGCUGAUUUGCUCUCACAGGCUGAGCAUGGCCCUGACAGUCAGGUUGUUCUCGUAAUUGUUGGGGAUGGUGUUGAUCUAAGGGCCAUCGAGGAGGAGCUUGAAAAGCAGUGCCAAAGCCUUCCACGAGGAGAGUAUGCUUCAAAAGCACUGAGCCACAGUUUCACUGUGAUUGCUCGUGGUAUGGUUGAGGCUGUCUCCUUUUCAAACUUAUAUGCACCCGAACAUCUGAUUAUCAAUGUUGAAGAUGCAGAGAAGUGGGAGAGUUUCGUUGAGAAUGCAGGUUCUGUAUUUUUAGGACCGUGGACACCAGAGAGCGUAGGAGAUUAUGCAAGCGGAACAAACCACGUCCUUCCGACUUAUGGUUAUGCCCGGAUGUACGGAGGAGUAUCUCUAGACUAUUUCCUCAAGUACAUGACCGUGCAAUCCUUGACAGAGGAGGGCCUGAGGACACUUGGCCCUUACGUGGCCACUAUGGCUGAAGUGGAAGGGCUCGAUGCCCACAAGAGAGCCGUAACUCUCAGACUAAAGGACAUCGAAAAAUAACAGGUUCCCAAUAGAAGAUGAUAUCCGUAGGCCACACUUCAUUUUCAGAAUCAGUUUUCUGCAAAGUACUAAAAGCUCGUUUGGUGAAAAUGAACAAAAAUAUGUUUUCGGAUUUUCAACAACAAAUUUUGCACAAAAAUGAAAAUAAUAUAAAAAAGGAGUUUUUGCGUUUUUCUUUAUUUUUUCACCAAAUUAGUUUUAGUGUUUUUCAAAAAACAAAUUCUAAAAAUGAAACUAAACAGACUGGUACGAUGUUUGAUGGACCAUCAAGUCUAUGUUAUGGUUUGCUGUGUUUUCAAACUUAAUCAAAACAUGAGCAAAAUUUGCACGGUUUAUGUGAGCAUGAAUUUUUUUUUUUUUUUUUGUAGUAUGAAAUAUGUUAAAAAAAAAUAAAAAAUUGUAUUUUAGUUAUGCCAAUUGCUUGAACACUCA